UAAUCAUAUAUUUAAGACACAAAACAAAAGAACUCAGUGAGCUUUAAUCAAGAUUCAAGAACAAGAAUGGCGGACGAGGUGAUUCUUCUUGAUUUCUGGCCGAGCAUGUUCGGAAUGAGGACGAGGAUUGCUCUAGAGGAGAAAAAUGUAAAGUUCGACUACAGAGAACAAGAUCUAUGGAACAAAAGCCCGAUCCUCCUCGAGAUGAAUCCUGUUCAUAAGAAAAUCCCGGUUCUCAUCCACAAUGGUAAACCGGUCUGUGAAUCUCUCAUCCAGGUUGAAUACAUCGACGAGGUUUGGCCUAGCAAGAACCCACUCCUUCCCUCUGAUCCUUACCAAAGAGCUCAGGCCAAGUUUUGGGGUGACUUCAUCGACAAGAAGGUGUACGCUUCAGCGAGGUUGAUUUGGGGAGCGAAAGGAGAAGAACAAGAGGCGGGGAAGAAGGAGUUCAUCGAGAUACUAAAGACACUAGAGUCUGAGCUUGGAGACAAGAUUUACUUUGGAGGCGAAACGUUCGGUUACGUGGACAUAGCUCUCAUUGGGUUUUACAGCUGGUUCGAGGCGUAUGACAAGUUUGGGAAUUUCAGCAUUGAAGCAGAGUGUCCAAAACUGAUUGCUUGGGCUAAAAGGUGUGUGGAGAGAGAGAGUGUGGCCAAGUCUCUUCCUGAUUCCAACAAGAUCGUUGAGUUCGUUCCCGUGCUAAAGAAACAUAUUGGGAUCGAAUAGACAUCUUCUUACUUCUACUGCUAUAUUUAUAUAUGUUGUGUUUUUAUGUUUUUUUUUUUUUGUGUGUUUCUCUUUUAUGUCCUGUUUCUCCCUGUUUCGAAAAUCUUAACACUAUGUCUUCCUAAAAAUAAUACAAAUAUUUACUUUGAAGACAGUUGAGGUGUUUUAGCUUAGCUUGAGUAAUAUCAGCGUUGAUUUCAAUGAUUGUUAGUUUUUGAGUU